CCGCCUCCCAACCCGGAAGUGCGUCCCUUGAGGUGGGUAGAGCGGCGGCAGGGCGGCCCUUCGCAGAGCGGCCAUGGCGGCUGCCGCCGAGCUGCAAGGGAAAUACCAGAAGCUUGCGCAGGAGUAUUCUAAGCUCCGAGCUCAGAAUCAUGUGCUGAAAAAGGGUGUUGUGGAUGAGCAAGCAAACUCAGCAGCCCUGAAGGAACAACUGAAAAUGAAGGACCAGACACUUAGAAAGCUGCAGCAGGAAAUGGACAGUUUGACCUUUCGAAAUCAACAGCUGGCCAAGAGGGUAGAGCUGCUUCAGGAUGAACUUGUUUUAAGUGAAUCUAAAGGCAAGAAGAACAAGAAGAGUGGUGAACCCAUAUCUCAGUUGAGUCAAGAACAGAAAAAUGUCUUUGAUGAAGACCUUCAAAAGAAGAUAGAAGAAAAUGAGAGGUUGCAUAUUCAGUUCUUUGAGGCAGAUGAGCAGCACAAGCGCUUGGAAGCUGAGCUGAGGAAUAGACUUGAGUUCUUGGAGAUGGAGGCUGCCCAGCAUCAAGCAGUGGUGGAUGGCCUAACUCGAAAGUACAUGGAUACAAUAGAAAAACUGCAAAAUGAUAAAGCCAAGUUAGAGAUCACAUCUCAGACCCUAGAGCGGGAAGCCAAAGACUGUCGUGUCCGAACAGAAGAAUGCCAGCAGCAGCUAAAGCAUCUUCAUACUGACUUGAGCAGCAGAUUGGAUGAAUCUUUGCACAUCAUUAGAGAAAAAGUACCUUUCAAUGACACAAGGUCCAGCCACCAUAAUGCUUUGAAUGUGCCAUUACACAAUAGACGACGGCAGUUGAAGCUGCGUGACCUUGCUGGCCAAGCGCUAUCCUUCGUUCAAGAUUUGGUAACAGCUCUCCUGAAUUUCCACACAUACACAGAACAGCGGGUUCAGAUUUUCCCUGUUGAUUCUGCCACAGACACUAUAUCACCAUUAAAUCAGAAGUUCUCCCAGUACCUUCAUGAAAAUGCAUCCUACGUUCGCCCUCUAGAGGAAGGAAUGCUGCAGUUGUUUGAGAACAUCACAGAGGACACAGUUACUGUGCUGGAAACAUCUGUGAAACUGAAAUCCUUUUCUGACCACUUAACAUCUUAUGUCUGUUUUCUCAGGAAGAUUCUUCCGUAUCAGUUGAAAAGUUUGGAAGAAGAGUGUGAAUCUUCUCUUUGCACAGCUGCAUUAAGAGCCAGGAACAUGGAGCUCCAAAGUGACAUGAAAAAGCUGACGACGGUCUUUGAGAAGCUGCACACAUACAUUAGUCUUCUUGCCUUACCCAGCACAAAACCAGACCGACUACUUCGAACAAACUUCAGCUCAGUGUUCACAUACAUUGCUUCAAUUCUUCAUGGAUUUCAUGAUGUCCUGCAAGAUAUAUAUAGGCAUUAUAGCCAGAAAGCUGCCUUGGAGCAUGAGCUCCCCACAGCCACCCAGAAGCUCAUCACCACCAAUGACUGCAUCUUAUCCUCCGUUGUAGCGUUAACAAAUGGAGCAGGCAAGGUUGCUUCAUUCUUCAGCAAUAAUUUAGACUGCUUCACUGCAUCACUGAGCUAUGGGCCUAAGGGAGGAAUGGAGUUUAUCAGUCCUGUCUCAGCUGAGUGCAUGCUUCAAUACAAGAAAAAAGCAGCUACCUACAUGAAACUGCUGAAGAAGCCGUGUCCUGAUUCAGUGCCUUACGAAGAGGCCUUGGCCAACCGCAGAGUUCUUCUGAGUUCCACAGAGAGCAGAGAAGGCCUUGCACAGCAGGUGCAGCAGAGUUUGGAGAAAAUUUCAAAACUGGAACAGGAGAAGGAGCACUGGAUGCUGGAGGCUCAGCUAGCCAAAAUUAGGCUGGAGAAAGAGAAUAAAAGGGUAUUCAAGAACUCAGUUGGCAACCAGAGGAUUGAAGUAACUCAGGAAAGUUUGCUAACAGCAGAAUCAGCUGAACAGGAGAAAGAGGUUUCAAUGGAAAAAGUUUCAACAGAACCAGUUUCAAGCACAAGUCUGGUUGGGAUGCUGACAGUGACCACAGGAAAUGAAGAGAUUCCAGAAGCUGCUUCCAGAGAGGAUUUGAUAAAGAACCACUAUAUGGCGAGAAUAGUGGAGCUGACAUCUCAGUUGCAGCUGGCUGACAGCAAGUCUGUGCAUUUCCACGCAGAGUGCCGAGCACUAGCAAAGAGACUCUCUCUAGCAGAGAAGUCUAAAGAGUCCACACUGGAAGAGAUGAGACUGGCAAAGCAGAGCAUCACCAGACUGCAGGAUGAAUUAACAACAACCAAGAGAAGCUAUGAAGAUCAGUUAAGCAUGAUGAGUGAUCACCUCUGCAGUAUGAAUGAAACCUUAUCCAAACAACGAGAAGAAAUAGAUACAUUAAAGAUGACUAAUAAGGGAAAUUCCAAGAAGAACAGAAGUCGAUAGUAUUGGUUGGCCAGCUAUGGAUUAUGCUGCCUCACAGAAAUACAGACGCUGGAACUGGUAUUCGGCUGGCAAAUCCUCUCUUGACGGGACAUGACUGCAGUGGUGGAUUUACUCCAUUUGUGUAUUUUGAUGUUGUGGGUGGUGUGAGACCACACUAUAUUGGGUAGGCGGAUUCAUGCUGUGCAAACUUCGCAACCAGUAAAGCAGACAGGAAAAUAUAUGCUCUGUGGAUAAACUGCAUAGGAAUUAACCAUGAUUUUUUAUCAUAUACUUUGUAACUACCUUUAAUGUCCAUGUACAAACUUCCAAGAUUUUGUAUAUUUGAGUGCAUAUUUAGAUGAACAGAUCUGGUAUUAAUGUGAUAGUUGUCUUUUCCUGCCUAAGAGAUUGUUAAUCCUGCCUGUCCAUUCCUUUCUGUGGAUAAAACAAAAAACCCCAUAGAACCACAAACCACAGAAACAUUUUUCAGCAACAUUUUCCUGUGCAGUUACAGUAUUGUGAAAUAUAUUGCAAAUUCCAGUCUUCUCCUCUUCUAGACUCGCUUAGAAGAUUGCCUGACAGAGGUAGUCUCUGUACAUUUAUACUGAAGCAUUCAGUGUGUCGGUGACUAAUGCAACUUCAUAUUAACUGUAACAGCAGUUUAAAAGUGUACAGUAGUGGUCUUUUCAAAUCAAAUGCAGAAAGUGGGCCAGAGAAACUGUCUGUGUCAAAUUGGGCUGUAGAGUAACAUUCUGUACGUUUGUUUGUGUUGUUAAUUUUCAUGCAGAUCUGCUAACAGUGAAAUAUCCAGUAACAGUUGGAGGAAGAUGUAAAUAGAAAGACUGCUGAAAGGGAGAGUUCUUUUUUUACAAAAUGAAGACUUCUUCACCUUCACAAGAGUGGGGCGUUAUUCACAGUGGAUCAUCAGUUUCAGAUGAAGGUUGAUAUGUGAAGACAGACUAAGGAAUCACUGAAUUAGGAAAGCUCAGCACCAGCUCAGACUGGUUCAAAUAUUGAUGGGAUGUGAAAAAAAUCAAAACAGGGAAUGGAGGAUAGUGCUCAGUUUUGGGAAGUUUUCAGCAUUCACAUGUAACAAUGUGCCUGAUUUUCACAUUAUCCCCUAGUUGAGGGGGUUAGUGUAGAGAUCCCUAUGCACCUUUACAUUGGUUUCACCUUACUUUCCCCAUGUGGUGAUGCCCGCAUUUAUUUCUGAAGACCAACAGCGUUUCCUAGUGCUAGGCCAUGGCACUGUCAGAGUUUGAGCCAGUCCUAGGCUCAGGGAUAGACAAAAUGAGGCCCUUUAGAUGUUUGACUGCGACUCCCAGCAGGCUGAGCUAGCAAAGCCAAUGGUUAGGAAUGCUGGGAAUCUGACAACAUGGGUGGGGCUGCUUUCUGCCUAGCCCUACCUAGGAUGAUUGUUCCUGGGGCAUUUUGGAAUUUCCUGGUUGAUGUCUUAAUAUUAUAAAAUAUAUUCUUCAUUCCCCCCCCAAAAAUGGGCAGUUUGUUCAUGCCAACCUGAGGUGGUAUUUUUUAGCACGGCAUUCUGUAGGAGAUUUCUGUCACCCGUUUGCAAGGAGUUAUGAAACUGAAUAUUUCACACUUGCUCUGUGGGAAAGUAGCUGCCCUAUAUUCAAGGGUUACUCAAUUGUAUCAACCAUGUCAAUCUGUAUGAUGAGCAUAAAAUAAAUAUACUGCCAAGUUGUAUCUUC